AUGAAUAUGUCGGCUAGUACGGAAGUAAAUAUUGAACACAUUUAUAUUCUCGUCCGGUCAAAGCGUGGACAAGGAGUUGAUGAUAGAGUGAAACAGUUAUGUGCUAGUCCCUUAUUUAAUACAAUUCGUAGAGUAAAUCCAGCAUUUGAAAAGAAGAUAAUUCCGAUCCAAGGCGAUAUUCUCGAACCAAAUUUUGGGAUUUCAUCUGCCGACGAGUAUACAUUAAUUGAACAAUGUCACAUUGUUUUUCAUUCAGCAGCCACAAUUCGCUUUCACGAACCCUUGAGAUCAGCCAUACAAAUGAAUAUCAAUUCAGUCAAAAAAUUAUUAAGUUUAUGUCAUAAAAUGAAAAAUCUGCAAGCGAUUAUCCAUGUGUCAACUGCGUAUGCAAACUGUAAUCGUUCUGAUUGUGCUGAAGUCAUUGAUCUACCUUCCAUUCAACCGAAAAAAUUAUUAGAUGCUUCCGAGUGGAUGGAUUCUAGUGUCUUCGAUGUACUGACAACUAAACUCAUCCGAGAUCGUCCGAAUACGUACACAUACACAAAAGCUCUAGCUGAAUUUGUCAUUUCUGAGGAAGGAAUUGAUCUGCCAAUCGCUAUAAUAAGGCCGUCAAUCGUGGGUGCUUCAUGGAAAGAACCGUUUCCAGGUUGGAUUGAUAAUUACAAUGGUCCAUCUGGCCUUAUUAUUUCGUUGGGCAAAGGAAUGUUGCGAACAAUGUUAGGCAAUAGUAAUGCAAGAGCGGAUAUUGUACCAGUGGACAUCGUCGCCAAUAUGAUGAUAUCUGUUGCGUGGUAUACAGCAGUUAAACGCUUUGAUUUAGCAGAGAUGAAUUGGGCCUCAUAUUGGCAAGAUUAUAAUAUUGGUAUUAAGAAAUACGUCUUACGUGAAGAUUUUGAUCAUAUCCCGAAAUAUAUUCAUCAUUGUCGACGGUUGAAACGUAUUCAGAAUAUUCUUUUAUUCUCAUUAGUCACACUUGCAUUGAAACUUGUUUUCUACAAAUCAUUUCGAAUACGUCAAAUAUUGAUAUCAAUGUUACGAAUAACGCUAACACUAUUGAAUACAUUGGCAUAUAAACUGCAUGUACGGAAAUAA